AUGUCUAAUUUCCGUUAUAUUGAUACAACAGCUGCUUCAUUUGUACUCGUCGAUGGUGUCAUUCCUCUUCAAAGCAACGGUUCCGUGGAACUUUCUAUGCAAUUCGGUAAUGAACUCAUCCAAUUUCGUGCUUUCGUUAUUAACAAACUUUGCGUCGAUCUUAUUAUUGGCAUGGACUUUCUCAUCAUAUUUAAUGCUACCAUCGAUGUGAAGUCUCAAUAUUUAUCACUAGAAAUUUUUGGUCGUCGUACAUCUAUUCAACUUGACGAUCAAUUUCGUCGCCCUUUGAUUCCACUUCACGCACGUCAUGCUACUUUCGUUCCUCCUCAUUCAACAAUUGCAAUCUUGGUUUCCACUCCAAUUUCAGCUUUAUCAGCAUAUUUUAUUCCAACUUCCAACUUUAUUGAACAUCCUUAUCUCUCGUCUACUCAAAAAAUUGUUACCAUUCAACAUCAUCAUUCAUGUUUACUUGUUACCAAUUCAGCUGAUGUUCACCAACACAUACCAGAAUUUUUCUGUUUUGGUUAUCUACUUAGCAACCAGGCGGGAUCACCGAAUUUUUUUAAUCAAUUCGCAGCUCUAGGUUGUCGUUACAAUGCGAAGAAAAAUCAACCAACCUCUUCCCAUACCUUCACGCAUCCUCAACUACCACAACGGUUUUUUAAUGAUCCAAACCGUUUUUAUCGACCGAUACCUUCGAUAAAUCGUGUUUCGCUCAAUAUUCUUCCUCAUUUUUCUUCUUCUCAAUUUCAACACACUCGAGAUCUAUUAGUGAACCAUCUACUUGAUCAUGAUAAUAAAGACCGACUUUCGACUCUUCUUACUCAAUUUUCUCAACUUUUCGACAAUUCUCGCCACAACAUUUCCAACAUAGUUGUCGAAAACGUUUUUAAUACUGUUCCGCACUCUCCACCAUCUUUCCGACCUCAUCGAAAUCCACAUACUCGUGAAGAAACACAACGUCUUAUCGAUGAGUUUCUCGAAGCUGGUCUUAUUCAAGAGUCGAACUCCCCAUAUGCAGCACCCGCAUUUAUCGUUCCUCGAAAAGACAAUCGUCCGGGUCGUCUCGUUGUGGAUUAUAGGGCGGUCAAUAAAAUUACUAUUCCAGAUGCUAGUCCUUUACCUCACCCCGAAGAUUUAUUGCAAGAACUUGGCAAGGGGUACAACUAUUUUAGUCGCCUUGAUUUGAAAUCCGGUUAUCACCAGUUUCGUAUACCACCCGCUGAUCGUCCAAAAACAGCGUUCGUCGUUUCUCAAGGUCAUUAUGAAUUUCGUGUACUUUCCAUGGGACCACAAAAUGCACCUGCAGCAUUUCAAAAAACUAUGUACCAGGUUAUGAAGCCCUGUCGCACGUUCUGUCAUGUCUUCCUCGAUGAUAUCAUCAUUUGUUCCAAAUCAUUCGAUGAACAUAUCAAUCAUUUAAAAUUGGCUUUUCAAACGCUUGCCAAAGAAAAACUUGUUCUCAACGCUUCGAAAUGCGAACUUGCUGUACAACGUGUUGUCGUACUCGGUCAUACUGUCUCGGAUACGUCUAUCGCACCAACCACUGAUGCAAUCCAGGCCAUUUUGGAAUUAAAAGAACCUCGCACACUUAAAGAGACCAACAAAUUUCUUGGUGGUAUGGCGUAUUAUAGAAAAUUUGUUCCUCAUUUUAGCACUAUCGCUGCUCCACUACAUAAAAUCUCUAAUUUACCCAAAAACCGACGGCAUCUUUUUAAAUGGACAGUGGAACAUUCGAAUGCUUUCCAUGCUCUCCAACGUUUACUUACAACUGCUCCACUUCUUCUUCAUUUUCCCGUCGACGGUUUUCCACUUCACUUAGCUACUGACGCUAGCGGUACUGCAACUGGUGGUGUUUUAUUUCAAGAUGUCAACGGUCAACGUCAUAAUCUCUUUUAUCAUUCAAAAGUUCUUUCACCAAUUGAACAAAAAUACUCGGUUCCUGAAAAAGAAGCUUUGGCAAUUUACCAUUGUUUACAACGUAUGAGGACUUUAAUCCUCGGACGAACUGUUUAUAUCCAUACUGAUCAUUGCCCCAUAUGUGGUAUGUUACAAAAACCAGUGAACAAUCGUCGCAUUGAACGUGUGGCCAAUUUAAUUCAGGAAUAUCGUAUCGCCGAAAUGAAACAUAUUGAUGGUAAAAGUAAUUGUCUUGCGGAUUAUCUUUCUAGGCCUUCGGAUGAUCCACUUUUUGAUGUUGAUUAUGGUCUCGACAGCAAACUUCCAUGGUCAAACUCAUCAAAUUUAACCAAUCCUUGCCAGCCUUCACAGAACAUCAUUACUACAAUGACAUUUCGUCCUCGACAGAAAUUUCUUUCACCAGGUGUAUCCACUUUCAAUCAACCCAAUGAAGGUUUUGAUGCGGCAUCUUGUACUUCUGCAGAUUCGUUUACCACUCAUUCACCAAUUAUUACAUCAACUCCCUCUCCGAAUGUUUUCGAUUCAAGCCAAUUGUCUCAUGAACAAGCUCACGAUCCAGAUAUUCGUCGUAUCAUUUCUCAAUUAAAUCGCAGCAACCAUCUUGAUUCCACCUUAUCUUCUUCGUUUAUUAUCAAAAAUGGUAUUCUUAACAAACUUAUUACUCUCACUCCUACAUCUAGACGCCGAUUAUCUGUACCUUAUCUUCCUUCGUCGAUGAUACGAUCUUUUCUUACUGCAAUGCAUGAUGAUCCUUUCCAAGGUGGUCAUUUUUCGUUCGACAAAAUGAUGUCGAAAAUACGUACUCGUUAUUGGUGGCCUCACAUGAAGCACGACGUUCACCGUCAUGUUCAAGCAUGUGUUCCUUGCAACCAAUAUAAUUAUUCGCGUCAAAAGAAACCUGGUCAUCUUCAACCCAUUCCUCCGAUCGCUAUUCCGUUUUCUAUAAUUGGAAUGGAUUUUUGUGGCCCAUUCCUUGAAUCACCUCGUGAAAAUAAAUACGUCCUGGUCGUCACUGAUCUAUUUACGCAUUUCGUUACUGCUAUUCCUUUACCCACCAACACUGCUGAAAUUACUGCAUUAUCCUUAUUUCGUCACAUAUUCUGUCGAUUUGGCAUUUGUUCCACUUUAAUUACAGAUCAAGGAACUCAUUUUAAUAACAAUCUUAUGAGAGCAUUCCAACAUCUCCUUGGUUAUAAUCACAUCCUCAGCACUCCUUAUCACCCGCAAACCAAUGGCGUUGUGGAGCGCUUUAAUGCAUCGAUGGUGGUUCAAAUAUCAAAACUUCAACAGAAACACCACAACAACUGGGACGAUUACCUGGAUGCCGUUGUUUUUGCGUACAAUAGUUCCAAACAUAAAACAACACAAUACUCUCCAUUCGAACUGCUUUUUGGUCGAUGUCCAACACUUCCCAUUGAUUCGCCUCCGCAGUAUUUCCAAUUUGAUCGUCCUAACAACUAUUUCGUACAUCUGCAGAAAAUUCUUCAAAUUUAUCAUCAGCAAGCAAAAUUGAACAUUAUGAACCAACAACGUUACCAUAAAAAAUAUUAUGAUCAAAAUCGCCGGGAUCCUCAUUACAUUGUAGGUGAUCGUGUUUUCACAAAAAUUUUCGCUGCUCGGGGAAAGUUGGAUCCACGAUACUCUGCCGAGCCAAAAAUUAUCGUUCAAACUUCUCAUCCCACAUAUACUGUAAGGCAUGAAGCAACUGGUCUUGAACAUCGAUAUCAUGUCUCUGACCUACGACCCGUCACCUUAGCCUACGUCGACAAUGAGUCUACUUAA